AUGGCAGGAGGCACGCCACCCACCGGAUUAAAUUUCGCGAAUAUCGACAGUGAAUUUGCUAUGGUUGUUUCCAAGGAGAAUUACAAGGAGAUCGACCUGACAUGGGGCUCAUUGCAAACAUCCAAUGGUGCCAUAAAAAAUCCAAUUCUGGCUGGGAAUGCGACAAUCCGCGGAACAUUACGGUAUAAGCAUCAAGUCACAUACAAACCCUACGUAAAGCCUUACUAUACUGAUCAUGACUAUAAAAACAUGUCCCUAAAGAGACCGAUGUCGCCACACCUCACUAUUUAUGCGCCAACUUUACCAGCGAUGACAUCCAUAACUCAACGUAUUACAGGUGCAGUAACAAGUUUAUAUGCAUUGCUAGUAGCAGGCGGCACCCUCUUCCUAUCCAACGGUGUAGAAUCAUACGUCUCCGCUAUUCAAAGUUUGGAUCUUUCAAGCCCUUCAAUAUUUCUAAUAAAACUUAUAAUGGGUGCUCCGUUCGCAUACCAUUACUUAUGUGGUAUUCGAUUUUGCGCGUGGAACGCUGGAAAAUGGCUGGCAAUGAAGGACGUGUAUGCAACAGCGCAAAAGUGCAUAAUACUAGCGACCAUUGUGACAAUAUUUUUCGCAAUCUUAUAGAAAU